UGCGUGGUUUGGUGCAGACGUGAAGAGCCUCGCCUGCAGACGGGAUAAUCCUUAAUCCAGUUACUGUGAAUUCUAGCUAAAGGAAGGGUUUAAAGCUGACAUCUACAAGGUUUAAUCCUGCCCACCUUUGGACGCCAUGCGAGCGCUAAACGUUUUGAAAGCUUCGAACAUCUCCAAGCUUUUUACCAAUGUUUCCCACAUCCUGCAGAGAAACUUUCUUUGGCUUGGACGCUGUCCAAAAGCAAGUUCUGAUAGGAUCAGCCGUGGCUGCAGGAGGGCUACUGGCAUACUUGUUGCACAAAAGGAAAGCCAUUAGGACUAUUCCUCUUGGUAAAGGAUGGUGGGGAGCAGGAGAGAAACUACUGUCAGAGGAUCAAAAGAUCUACCCCUUCCAAGUGAAAACGUCAGAUGAGGAGAUUCAGGACCUUUAUGAGCGCAUUGACAAGACCCGCUACGCCGACCCUUUGGAAGAUAGUGGCUUCCAAUAUGGCUUCAACUCCACUUAUCUCAAGAAGGUGGUUUCCUACUGGAGGCACGAGUUCGAUUGGAAGAAGCAGGUGGCAAUGCUCAACAAAUAUCCACACUUCAAAACCAAAAUAGAAGGUUUGGAUGUGCACUUCAUCCACGUGCGGCCACCGCACCGGGAGAACCAGAAGGUUCUGCCUCUUAUGCUUGUGCAUGGGUGGCCCGGUUCCUUCUACGAGUUCUACAGGAUCCUGCCACUUCUCACAGAGGGCCAGGAUGGUGUUGCAUUUGAGGUUAUUUGUCCGUCCAUCCCUGGCUACGGUUUCUCAGAAGCCUCUCACAAACAAGGAUUCGACAGCCUUGCUGCUGCUCGAAUUUUCCUCACACUGAUGGAGCGUUUGGGAUUCUCUCAGUUCUAUCUGCAGGGAGGAGACUGGGGCUCCCUCAUCACCACCAACAUGUCACAGAUGAAGCCUCAGUGUGUGAAGGGUCUCCACUUGAACAUGUGCAUGGUAAUGAGAGGGUUCAAGUUGCUGUUGUCCCUCAUAGUUGGUCCUUAUCUUCCCUUCCUGGUGGGUUUCAGUCGGGAGGACGUCCGCAGAUUGUUUCCUUAUAUGGAGAAAAAUGUCUGGAACAUGCUGAAGGAGUCGGGCUACAUGCACAUUCAAAGCACAAAACCCGACACUGCAGGCUGUGGAUUGAACAGCUCUCCUGUGGGCUUGGCUGCCUACAUAUUGGAGAAAUUCUCCACCUGGACCGAUAUGAAGAACAGAGAUCUGGCAGAUGGUGGACUGGAGAGGAAAUUCAGCCUGGAUGACCUCUUGACAAAUGUCAUGAUCUACUGGACCACAGGCUCCAUAGUCUCCUCAAUGCGCUUCUACAAAGAGAACUUCAAGAGUGAUCCUAGCUACAGAAUGGAUGGAAGGACAGGGAUUUUUGUGCCCACUGGAUUGGCAGCUUUCCCUGCAGAGCUGUUGCACUGCCCUAAAUCCUGGGCAGAGACUAGGUACCGAAACCUCUGCCAUUACACUUUUAUGCCUCGAGGUGGUCACUUCGCAGCAUUUGAGGAGCCCCAGCUGUUGGCCAGUGAUUUUUUCCAGUUUGUAAAAAAGGUGGAGAAGUCCUAAGUCCUUUUUGAAGCUUUUUCAUACCAAUGUUCAGUUCUAAUUAUUGUUCUUGUGUUUAAAGAAUCACACUAAAUUGCCCAUAAUACAAAAAAAUCCCUCACACUACAUUAAUUAAUGUAGAACUGAGGAACUGUUUACACAAAGGUGAUGUAUGAUAAUGAAGGUUAACAUACACUGAUGAUACUGUGUUCACAUAUUAAAGAAAGCAGUUAUAUAACCUUUCUAGUCAAAUGGUUACCAAUAAAGCUUAAAAAUUUUA